AUGGCAACAAAAAUAAAAGACACGAGUGUGGUGGGGAAGGAGAAGAAGGUUGCAUCUUCAAAUUCUUCUACCACAAGCGCAAAAAAGACCACAACAAAGUCAUCCUCAACAAACAAGGUUAUUUCAAAUUCCACGUCGGAUAAACAAAUCCCUAAUUAUUUAAAGCCAACAAUAAGUUCAAAACGCCUUGACUCUCACUCUUCUUUCAAGUUUCCUAAGAAUGAUCCUCCCCCCAAACCCAUCCUAAACAGAAGAAGAUCUCUUGAACCAUCAUCAUCUUCACGAGUUCAUAAACAAGCACUUUCACCUUCUCCUUCAAGGCAACACAAAGCUCUUGUGUCCCCUGGUCCACGAGAAAGAAAUAUUCCACAUAGAGCUUCAAGUCUUCCAAAUAAAACUACUUUAAAUCCUUCAAAACCUACUUCGGAUGCACUUACAAAGAACCCUAUAAAAGGAAAAACACAAUCAUCAAGUGGAAAAACUGUUAAGAAGAGCAAUAAUAAUGCUUCUACUUCCAAUCCUAAACAUGAUGCUUCUACUUACUCAAAUAACAUUUCAAAAAGUAGCAAUACUACUCAACUAGAAGGUAAAGAAUGUACAAGUGAAGUGGUUGAAGAAGCAGAAGAAGUGAAGAAUAAUGAAAAAUUGACACAUCAAGUAGUUGACUCUGAACAUGAAAAUGAACACGGACAUGAGCUUCAUCACCAAGAACAUGAUCGUGCAUACGAGCAAGAUCAUGAAGUGGAGCAUAAAGGACAUGAUCAUGGAGAACAUAAGCAUGAACAUGAUUCUGAAAAGUAUGAUCAUAAACACGAGCAUGAUCCCGAAGAGCGUGAGAAUAAUCACGAACGUGAUGCUAAAGAGAAUGAGCAUAAUCAUGAUCAUGAUGAGGAGUUUAAACAGAAGCUUGAAGAGACAGAUCAAGCUCAUGUUGAAGAUGAUAAUGAGAAGGACGUUCCCAAUGUCUCAGAAGAAGAGAAACAAAAUGAGAAUGACAAUAAAAAUAAAACUGAAUAUGACAUUCAAGAGAGUGAUAAUUCAACAGUUAAAGAAAUUGAGGCUAAAGAAGAGGAAGAAAAAAUAGAAAGUGAAGUUGUAGAAGAAGUUUGUGAGAGUAAGAGCAACAAUGAAGUAGUAGAAGAGAGAAAGGAAGUUGAAGAUUCAAUAGAAGAAGAAAGCGAAGGUAAAGUAGAGAAUGAAGUUCAAGAAGAAAGAGAAGGUAAAGUAGAGAAUGAAGUUCAAGAAGAAAAUGUUGCAAAGAAUGAAGUUAAAGAAGAAACAGAAGAAACAAGUGAUGUUGUGGAAAAGGGCAAAGAAGCUGAAACUUGUGUGUCCAAUGAUUCCAUUGAAGAGAAUGAAAACAAAUUAUUGAAAGGGAAAAGGAAUAGUGUAAGAGCAUUGGCCGGUGCAUUUCAAAAUGUCAUUGACCAUCAAAAAUAA